AUUAUAUACGGACAGAUCUUAAUUGUGAAACUUGACGAACACAAAUCAACGGCGAAAACACUAGUGAGGUUAAAACGAGGGGACGAUUUUGGGGAACUUGGGAUAUACCACGGAAAGCCUCGACAAGGCUCCAUCAUCACAGAGACGUACACGGAGCUACUCCGGGUCUCCGCCGAGGACUUCAAAACGAUAGUGAUGGGAGGAAACAGGCUGGAUCCCGAGGUAGACCCCUUUUUACUAAACCAGAGUUUUCUGCAAGGCUGGCCCUUACAUAUACUGAAGGAUCACCCGAAACAGUUUAUGACUAGCUACGUACAACGUAACACGGUCAUGGAGUUCGAUAGUAGACGGUCGGACUGGCUCUACAUAGUCAAGUCGGGUUCGAUCCAGGUGCUCAAAAAGCUUGUGAAAACACUACCGUCAGUUAGUCACAAGACGGGACGACACAUGCAAAAGGCGCAUACGGACGGGUACCAGGCUUUCCUCGUCCGGGACACAGACUACAGCAGACAUGCCCGAUACAACGGUCUGCAUAUCCCUCACGCCUUGUCCAUGGACAGCGACGAUGAAUGUAGCGAGGACACCCCCCUCUCGGCCAGGAGCAAUCUCAGCUACGACAUCAAGUCAGCACCCCUCCUGGAAAGGUUGGACCAAGUGCUCCGCCCCUCAACCGCCUUCCACAUGACCACGCCCACGUCCGGGCGUCGAGAAAGAUUUGCCAAAUCCGCCAUAUAUCGACAUCAGAAGUCGAAUCCAAGGACACUGACUUCAAUGACCGAGACAGAAAAAAGUGAAAAAGAAGAAGAAAACGUGGAGAUUCGGGACGUGAACGGUAACCCGGCUCCCGAAAAACGAGAAGGUCGGAGGACGAUAUUUGACGACUGGGACGCUCAGUACAGACUGGCGGAACAUGAAGAGACGGAGGCGGAUAGAAACCCUCUGUUUGUCAAGGUACAAACACUUAAAAAAGGCGAAGUAUUUGGUCUACAAUACAUCGUGUUCGAAGACCAGCCUCAGCCUAGUUUGAUAGUAGUUAGUAAUGGAGCUGAUUGUGUCCGAAUCAGCCGCCGACUCUUCAAACAACACCUACAGAAGGCUCCCAAGAUGGUCGCCAGACUGACCAAUCAGGUGUCCCCCUAUCCUACGGACGAAGAGCUGCAAGAACAACUGAUCACGCGGGUCAACUGGGAGUCCUACAAAGACAUUAGCAUCAGUCACAAUAUGUCGCGGGUCAAGGAACAAUGCAAGAGACAUAACCAGAGACAACGACCUUUCCAGUUCUAGAACUAGAGGAUAGAACCUCAUCCACCCCUGACAUUUCAUAAUGAACUAUUCAAACCUUUGAAUUGGGAUAAUUAAAAUGUGUCGUCAGGGGUGAUUGAGCUAAAUCAAACAAUUGGAAACUCUACCAGUACUGACUGUUGUAUAUGUUGAUAUGAUCACUAAUCUUUUGGUGAUAUGGUGGCUAACGCUUCCAUAGGCUAAACGGAAACCAUUCCAGGGUAUAAAUAUGAUUGUUCAUUCUUCUCGUAUCUGAAGACAGGACGCUACUUUAAUUCAUAAGACAUAUGGCUGCUACUGACAAAUGGACUUUACUCCACGAUAAGGUUAUAAACCUUUAUUUGCGAUAUUGAAACGUCUAUUAGGCAUCAGCAUGCCCCAGUUCUUCGAGUUGUUUAAAAGGUCACCUGUAAGAUAGACCAUAUAAAACGCACACGUAUGUUUACAGUCGUAUAAACAUGUUUAAACCACAACACCUCUUUCAGACUAUCAAAGUUGAACGCAUUAUAUUUUUAAGCACAAAUCGAUGGUGUUUGCAAACAGGAUUAGAAUAUCUAGCUUUUACGUUCACGGUCACUUUCACAGACACCGUGCUAUCCCACCUUAUGAAUGAAAAUUCAUAUUCACUAAAUCUUCUGCAUGGAAAUUAUGGUGUACUAUAUAUCCAGAAACUGUACAUAUUCAGAGAGUGUGUAUAUUCAGAGACCUUUAAAUUGUUUUGCGUGUACAUUUUGUUAUAUGUUAACUUAUAUGAAAGAAACAAUUACAAACAUAACAUGGUGUCUUGUGUCUGACACAAACUAC